AUGCAUGUGCACGUGUGGGAGUCUUAUCCAGCUGUUCCCCCAAUAUGGUCUGUAGAGUCAGAUGAUCCAAACCUGGCAGCUAUCCUGGAGAGGCUGGUGGAAGUCAAGAAAGGAAAUACGCUGCUUUUGCAGCACCUGAAGCGAAUAAUCUCAGACCUGUGCAAACUCUACAACCUUCCCCAACAUCCAGAUGUUGAAAUGUUAGACCAGCCUCUGCCGGCAGAACAGAGCACACAGGAAGAAGUGUCCUCUGAAGAGGAAGAUGAAGAGAUGCCAGAGGACACUGAGGACUUGGACCACUAUGAGAUGAAAGAGGAAGAGCCAGCAGACGGAAAAAAGACAGAGGAUGAAGGCAUUGGGAAGGAAAACCUUGCUAUUUUAGAGAAAAUAAAAAAGAACCAGAGGCAAGAUUACUUAAAUGGUGCAGUGUCUGGGUCUGUGCAGGCCACUGACCGGCUAAUGAAGGAGCUCAGGGAUAUUUACCGAUCACCAAGUUUCAAGGGCGGAUACUAUGCAGUUGAACUAGUGAACGACAGCCUGUACGAUUGGAACGUCAAACUCCUGAAGGUUGACGAGGAUAGCGCUUUGCACAAUGAUCUCCAGAUCCUCAAAGAGAAAGAAGGAACAGAUUUCAUCCUCCUAAACUUCUCCUUUAAAGAUAACUUUCCUUUUGACCCACCGUUUGUAAGGGUCGUGUCCCCUGUGCUCUCAGGGGGGUAUGUUCUGGGUGGCGGUGCCAUCUGCAUGGAGCUACUUACAAAGCAGGGCUGGAGCAGCGCGUACUCCAUCGAGUCGGUGAUAAUGCAGAUCAGCGCCACUCUGGUGAAAGGGAAAGCGAGAGUGCAAUUUGGAGCCAAUAAGAAUCAGUACAGCCUGACAAGAGCACAGCAGUCCUACAAGUCCCUGGUUCAGAUCCAUGAGAAAAAUGGCUGGUACACACCGCCCAAGGAAGAUGGCUAGCGCUGAUACUUGGAUACUGCAGGACCAACUUGAUUAUCUUCUGAAUGCUGUACUUGGAUCUUAAGAUGCCUCUUUGGCUUUCUCCCAGGAUGUAAUAGCUCUGCCUGUUGCAGGACAAUAAUGGCUGUUAUAAACUCUAAAGAAAACUGUUUAAGCAGUUGGACUGACCUAAAACACUUGCUGGACCCUUGCUAGCAGGCAUUCUUAUUAAAACAAACUUUUGAGCCUCUUGUAUCGCUGGAAACUUUCAACUCUACUCCAGUCUAGAGCAUCCUCCUUACCUAUGCUACGGAUUUAAUUUAUUUUCUUAUUUCAUGUACACUGCUUUUUUUUGUUACAGUGUAUGAUGGAUGUGUAUGGAAAAUGUAUCUUUGGAGAAAAAUUACAGUUUGUUAAUUUGAA